UUGAACUGACCAUUUGGGUUUCCUAGGGCGAUAUUUGUGGUCCUUUGGUAAAUGAUGAAAGGUUUUGACACUGCUGCUGUCAUUGCAUUCUAAAGGUACCUUGAUAUGAAAUCUAACAAUCCUGCAGAAAGGUGGACUAUAUUGAGUGCUCUGUGUUAGCAGUGUUUCUUACAUAAAGUUAUGUAUGUUUCUUAUAUAAAGUUUUGUAUGUUUUUACUUAGCAAUAUACUUUGUAACAUUUGUGCACUUGGCUUGAAAUAUUUUGUCCUGGGAAAUGGAGCUUUUCAUGUCUCCUCAAAAGCCUGUGUUCUGCCACAAGCUUGAAUGAGUUUGCAUACCUGCUUAAUUUUCAUAAGGCUUGCUAAAACUACUGUAAAGUAGGAGCAUAACCAUAAAAAUCUUAGCAAUGCACAUGCCUGUGUGGUUCUAUGUGAAGAUUACUUGUUGAUUGUUGCAUUUGCUUUGACAUAAAAUGUAUAUCAUUAAAAUAAGGGAAACUUAUGACUAAAUGUUCUAGAACCAUUUAUCAAGAAUUUGACUAAGAACUUGAGGUGUAAUACCAAACCUCUGGUGUUGAGCCUUCAAAUAAAUUUCAAUCAGUUACACAUAUCAGCAUGGAUUGAUCUGAGUAAGAACCAGUCCUUGGCUUUUCUUCAAAAAACACCUUUUCCUUUACCUUUUGUAGCUUUUGGAUGGUUUUAUCGGUAUGAAGGAAAAUUUCCCACAAUCCGUAAGGUACAAAGUUUGAAAUGUACUUUUUUUUGCUGUGUGUUUGAAUUGAAAUUCCUCAUUUUUCUUCUCUCUUAUUAGUAAACAUUCUUUGUAGUCAAAUGCUCCUUCUUUUAACGUGUGCACAAUUUAAGAUGCUUGUGGGAUGCAUGUGUCUAGGAGUUUGUCCUUUUCAGUCCUUUGGGCUGUUGAGUUCUGCCAGUGGGAGUUGUGUAACAGUACUUUGCAGCAGGUGUUCAUUACAGGUGAGCAGUGCAUGUCUUCAUGUUCUCCAGAAGUAUUCACUAUAUAUAUAUAUAUAUAUUUAUAUAAAACCAGUACAGAGACAAAAAUUAUAUAGUUAUACUUUUGCAAACCUCCCUGUAGGAGGAGUGCUGAAGGCAGAAGGCUUUUAGGCAUGUAUAUAUGAGGAAAAAAAAUUAACAAUCUUUAGGGUGAUAGAAUACUUCUGUGUCUGCAGAGAUGCUGCUGAAGUAUUGCAAUUUCAAUUUGAGAGUUUCAAAUAAUAUUUUAUACUUGCAGUUGCUUCCUUCUCUUUAUUGCUUUUAAUGUAUAUUAGCCAUAUUCUGGGGGGGUUGUGUGGUGUGCUUUGGUGGUGGGUUUUUUGGUAACUAACUGUGGUAAAAGCGCCAUGAAGAUGUUUUGUGUGUAUCUGGCAAUAACUCAAGGUUUCAGAGGAGGUCAGGAUUGUUUCAGACAGAUGAAGUAUUCGUGUAACUCUUCAGGACUAUUACUUUAAUCUUCUGUGUGCCCAGCAUAUGUCUGUUCUCCUUAAAAGAGAUUAGGAGAAAAUGGUGCAUUCCAAUACCUUUUUGUACUGCUGGUGACUGUAAAUCACCAUGGAUCUCUAACCUGUGAGAAAGCCAGAGCAAUUAGGAUUUUUAUAAUGAAAAUUGUAAGUGCAUAUUAUGGAAACUCUUCACACGAAGAGGUAAUCUUUUGUAUUGAUGCUGACAAUUAUAGUUCAGAGAAUGUCCAAAUACCUCUCCAUAUAUUAAUGAAGAUCUUACACAAUUCCAGUUGAACUUUAGCACAUGGUGUGCACUAGAAGCUUGAAAAGAUGUUUUUUUAAUAAUUUGCUUUUAGAAAUAUUUUUAAAUCGGGCAGUGAUGAAUUUUCAUCCUGCUCCCUAUUGCUAAUGAAUUUUUUUGUUUGUUCUAAAAACAAAAUUUCACUGUGUACUGAAAAUGUCUAUAAUAGGAAGUAAACUGAAUCCAUGGGGAAAAUUGUAGGAAAGGAUGAAUCAUCCCGUUGUAUCUGAAUGCAGUGAAUGCAGCUAAGAUUGUCAGAUAUAUGUUCUUGUUCUGGAAGACUUUGGCUUGUGUACUGCUUAGUGUGCCUUUGAAUUCAGUAAUUCUUCAAAUGUUGACCUGCCUGGUGUUGCAUUUAGUAGACAGUACUAAAUGUAUCUUCUCAUUUUUUAGAGGAUGAUAUUGGCAAUUGUUAAGGUAAAAACUAAUUAUCCCUGAAUAAAAUAUGCCACAGAAUUAGGUUUAUGUUAAAACAUUAGUGUGAAAAGCUAGAUUUAUUUUUUUUUUUUUUUUUAGUUAAGCCUUAUCUCCAGUGUUUUGGGGGUUCCUUUUCCCCCUGCUCCCCUCCCUACAACACCACCACCACGUAACCACGAAGCAAUAGACCACAUCCCACUGAAAUCAGCAGUACAGAUUUCCAGUUAACUGCUUGACUGGGAGAAUUGGCUUUUGUAACUGCCAGGGAAAAUGUCUGUUUUCCAAGGCUUUGUUAUCAAUAUUAACGUGCAAAAGGGGAAAGGAAGACAAAUAAUGCUAUUUAAUGUGAAGCAGUUUGUGGUGGUUUUGGGAAUUCAAAGCAUGAAAGUCAGUAGCUGAUGAUGAUGAGAAUAAAAUCAAACCUGAGGCACAGCCUUUCUGGCAGUGGCAGUAAUUGACAGUAAGUGGCCACCUGCUCCUCUGUUUUACUUUUUCAUAAAUAAAAGGAGAACAUGGCAUUUCCAAUAUGAACUAAGUCGUACCUGUACAAAUGUGAAAGGGUAGCAGAAAUGUGACAUCAUUAAAGUACAAAUAAGGAGCAGUGUGUGUUCUGAAGACAACAGGAACAGAGGCUUCCGAAAGACUGUGUAGCUUUUCCCUUUGUUUGUAUCCUACAUCUAAAAUUUAGAGUCACUUUGUACUGUAUUAGUUAACUCAUCUGAGUAGAUUUUAUCCAGGAGCUACGUGGUCUUUGUCUUGCAGUGUUCCUUCUUGGAAGCGACUCAGUUUCUGCACUGAUCUAAACCUUUCUUUUAUAAUUCCUUAUUUCAGUUUCAUUAGGGGAUGCAAUGUUGAUUUUAGGGCAUAUGCAUGAAGCUGUUGUAUGCAUGGACUGUUCACAUCUACUUACACAUGAGCAUCUGUCACCUCAAAGCAAUCAGUCUUACAUGUAUAUAAGUGCCAAAACAGAGAGAUGGCAAAUCAAGACCCAGCCAAAAGUGAAUAUUCAAAGUUUUAUAGUGGGCCUCUGUGUCCUAAAGUUGUAACUUUGCAGAGGAACAAAAAAGUUGAAUUCUCUGAUCUCAUCCAACAUCUCUUAGUGGGCACAAGCCCUACAAAAAGUGUGAACUUCCUGCAAAUUGCUGGGUAAAUGGACUUUGGAUUUUCUUUUAAAAGACUAUCCCCUUACUUGCAUAGACUGUAAUUAGAUUUUUCAAGGCAGGCACUCAUGUACCAGAAUUGAAGUUUGUGGUGUUUUUAGCUGAUGUAAAAAUUUUUGUUAAAAAUCCUUCCCAGAAAGGGAAAGAACGAAAGAAGUCAAAAAGUGAUAGUUUUUGUGAACAGAAGAAGAACAAAAAGGAAAUGGAGUUUGAGCAAAAACUUGCCAAAGAGAAAGAAGGAAUGCUGGAGAAAGAAAAACAGCUGAAAAUAAAUCGUCUUGUGCAAGAGGUAUCUGAGACAGAACGAGAAGACUUGGAAGAAUCAGAAAAGGUGCAGCACUGGGUGGAAAGACUUUGUCAAACACGGUUAGAACAGAUUUCCUCUGUGGAGAAUGAGUCUCCUGAGCUGGCGAGUGGACGUCCUUCUGCCUCUCCCUCGGCCUCAUCAAUGCGGCGCUUUGCCGGGGGCCUGCAGCUGCACACCACAGACCUCGAUGAUAUAAACUUAGAUGAAGUUGACAAACCCAAACAGCACGCGCCACCACCUCCGCCACCACCGCUGCCCACUGUUAGCCCAGCACCCCCAGCUCACCCACUUCCUGCCUCAAAUGUUCCACGAGGUCCAGCCCUGUCGGUGACACCAGCUUCCCAGGUGACCUCGGGAUCUGCUUGGAUGCGUGCGCCUUUACCCUUGCCCUGCGUGCCUCCCUGCCCUGAUCCAUCACCUUCUGUCCACUGGAUCUACCCUUCUGCCCCUUGCAAUGUUAAAAGACGGAAUGAGGCGGUUUCUUCAUUUUUUCUGUAGGGAUUGCAGUCCAGUGGUGAUUUCAUUUUUACAUUUUUAAAAUGGAAGUCAGAAGGCGUUUGCUCUCCUGCCUACGUACGUUGUAACCCUAACACCUGCAGAUACAUUCAGCGGAAUGUAUCAGUUAAAAAAAAGAUGAGUUGGACUUGAUGAAAAAGAAAGAAAUAACAGCAGGCAGCAGUUUAAUUCAGUGUUAAAUUUCAGAAAAGUAUCAUCCCUGUAGUGAAGAUGACUUGUAAAAGUGCUUUAAAUGUGUCAUCAAAUGGCUUUGUUAGGUGAGAAGGAACGAAGGAAUGUCCUUUGUUAGGACAAAGAAAAUUGGCCUAAAGUUGGAAGCUCAAACUUUUAAAAGGUCAAAACUGUGUAAAAUAAAAAAGUGCGAGCUGGUAACCUGUUUUGACUUUUUGCACUUUGAGAAAACAGUGCCGUUCUCCUCACUGCAAUCUGAGUCCAAAAGAGUCAAAUAAAAGCAAUCUUGUGGCAGAUCACACUUUAGGAAAGAAACAGCAGCUGAUUCAUCCUAAUUCCCUUUGCUGAGCGCUGUAGUGAGUUGUUGUUUUGGCAAAAGAUUCUUGUUUCAAGCAGCAGAAGAGGAUCCCAUAUGGUCACUUGUUCCCUACACAGUUUUUUUGCAUGGGUUGACUGACUGCAUUGUUGGGUUUUGGGGCUUUUGCAUGUUUACUAAAUCGUCUUUGUGUUUGCAUGAUUCUGGUUGGGGUGGGGAAGGAUAUGCAAAUUUAUCACUUUUUGGUGGAAACUGAUAGAUUCUCUCUCUGAAUAAUUGCCAUUAUGUGACCCAUGAAUCUCUUCUAAACUUAUGUGGACCUCUGACAGUGCUUGAUCUAUGUGAUUUAUACAUUUGAAAUGCCAAGAAUGUGCUAGAUCCACCAAAAUGGAAAUAUCAUAUGUUCUUACAGAUAGCAGGUUUCCCAAGUUAUUUGCAAAAUAAAAAUGAUGUGAAAUGACGCAGAAGUGUACAAAAUACUAGUGUUGAGAGGAGAAAUACACUCUUCUAAAGAUAACAGAAAAUACUCAGAUAGAUGGAGUAAUACAGGAACUGCCUUACUGAUCUGACCCCAAAUCAAUAUAUUUCAGUAUGUGUUUCUGGCAGUUUGUCACUGCUGGGUAUGUUAGAGAAAAGAAAUUAAUAAUUAAGAAAAAUAUGUUAGGUAACAACAAAUAACCUAGCUUUUAAAAUAAAUGUCAGUUUUCACUGAAUAUAGUUAGCAUAUAUGAGGAAAUAACUAGGCUCUUAGUAAAAUUAAUUCUGAGCCAAAGCUGCUUGGUUUAUAAGUAGAUAAUUCAGUAUUUCUGGUGUGGUUUCAGAAAUGGAAGAAAAAUCCAAAGCUUGAGAAUUUAUCCUUGCUGCCUUUUACAAAGUGAGUUUUUAACCCCGCAGAUAAGCAAAAGCAGUGCAUUUUUGUGACUAUAUGGAUUAAAGACCUUGUGUUUAUGCCUGCCAAAGCCAAAAGAUAAGACAACUGUAAUUGUCCCAUAAGUUCAUUUUUCUAAUAUUACUCAAGCUGCAAAAUCUUCUCUGCAUUGCUCCAUUUUUGGUAUUAACCCAGAUCGUUUAAUUUCCAAUUCAGCUUGAACAAAACCUGACAAAAGGAAUAAAAUCCUGUCAGAGGCAUUCUUGAGAACUAGCUAUUAAAAUAUCUGGAAUAAAUUGUCUGUUUCUGAAAAAAAUUAUUAUUAGCUUUACACUUUAUAUGAACCCAGUAUUAAGUGUGUUGCUGUUUAGGUUGUAAGAACCACCUCCCACGUCGGCAAAGCGUCCUCUGUGUCAAGCAACCCGCUGGUAUGUCACGUGCUGUUAAUCAUGGCUGUAGUUUCAUGAGCUUCCCAUGUAGUGCUAAUGGCAAGGAAGUGUCAAAAGUUUCACCCUGCAUGGCUCAUUUGUUUAAAAUUCAGCACGUGGAAUGAUAUGUGGGGGAUACAUUGCUGUGCUGGGAGCACGAGUAGUGGAAGUGGCUCCUAAUGGUCCAAGGAUUUCGUAUUUCAACAGUUGAGCAAACUACAGUCCAUAUCUGCAUGUUGCAAAUGUCUGUAUGUGACAGAGCAUGCGCUUUGUUCUUCUGUCAAGGCAAAAGUUGCUAGGUUCAAUCUGUCUUUUAAAUAUAAUGGGUGCUAAGAAGCAAGUUCUGUCUCAGAACCACCAACAUUUGUUUGGUAUCUCUUUGCACUGAUUUUGAGUCAGAAUGGUCAUAUGUCAGGUUUCUCCAUUGUGCACUCCAGAAAAAUCUGUUGCUAAAUUGUGCAGCUCCAGGAGAAAUCAUCCAGUUCCAGUGCAGUUUUAACAAGUUAGUAUCUGUGAAUCUGUUGAUUCUGAAUCUUCUAAGUUUGGAAAGCUUAAUGAUACAAUGUAUUUUGCAGUGUGGAACAACAGUAGCUGAGGGAUAUCCUCAGGGACUUUCAAAUAUCUAAUUCAAGCUUUUUAAAAAACUAUUUAAGAAAGGAAAAGGGAAAAAAAAAAACCCACAGGGGGAAAAAAAACACACACACAUGCACAAAAAAACCAAACAGAAAACCAAACCCAAAAAGUGGCUUAACCCAUUUGCUGGAAGCAAAUAAAUUGGAGGAUACAGCUUGUACCAUAAGAAUGAUCUCUGGAAUACAUCACAUUUCCUAUGAGAAACAUUGAGAAAAGUGUCCCAAGAGUUGCUGGGGUCAAGUCAGAAACUGAACCCACAGGGCUCAGUUUUGAACUCUCUUCUUGAAUAAAACUGUGCUUCAUGUCAGUGGGAGUUUUGGCUGAGUGGGAAGUGUAGGAUUGGCCUAGGGCAUGCUGAAUGAUCAGGUCUCAGAUGCCUCUGGGUAUCUGUACUUUGUGGAGUCAAGGGCAGGGUAUUUACCUAACAAAUCCUUGUGGUUAAAUCAAGAUAAUUUAACUUGAAGUUCUCUAGGGAAAGCAGUUUGCUGCAGCCCAGCUGAAUUUCAUCUUAAAAGAUCUGUUUAGCCAUGGAUUAGUUAAAAUCUUAUUUUGGGUUCACUCUGUUCUUACACUCAACUUUAGCAGGUUUUUCUUUUCCUGUAACUUCUCAUUCAGUUUGUUGCCUUUAUGGGAAAAAUGCCAAAAUCAGGGCUGAGAUUUAUCCAUAGUCUUGCUGGUGAAGCCUGAAUUUAGGGGAAAAGCUACUACUUGGAUGCAAGAGAAAUUGUGUUUUGGUUUGGAGUUUGUAAGCCUUAGUUAAAAUAAUUCUGCAAGGUUUUUCUUCUAUUAGUGUUGUUAAAUUCAUUAUGAUAAACCAUUUGGAUUGAGGAGUCUCGUUGAAAUUAUGGAUUUGCACAAAUUAUGUUGUGAACUGUAAUUUUUUUAAAUUAACUCCAUAGCAACUUGCUCCAAGUCCACCUACCCAACGUCAUCCAGGGGUACCAAUAGUGU